AUGGAUGGCCUCACUCGCCUGCAAUGUCGUUCACUGAUGAAGCUCUCCCGCCAUGUUCCUCGAGCUGCGACUUACACACGACAUGCAUCCACCGUCACUACCACCAAUUCUCCCAAUAACAACAAAGAAAGAGUCGUAGUCCUCGGCUCCGGCUGGGCAGGCUACGCCGCUGCCCGUACCCUCUCCCCUUCCAAAACCACCAGAGUCCUCAUCUCCCCUCGCUCCCACUUCGCAUUCACACCUCUCCUCGCAUCCACAUCCGUAGGAACCCUCGAGUUCCGCGCAGCCAUCGAGCCAGUUCGCCGUCUCGGCCUCGACGAGUUCCACCAAGCGUGGGCAUCAAGCAUCGACUUCAAGAACAAGACGAUUCGGGUCGAGGCCAAUGAGCGCGGAGACGUCAGCGCCGCCACCAACAGGCCGCAGAUCAAGGGGGAGGAGUUCGACGUCAAGUACGACAAGCUCGUCAUUGCGGUAGGAUGCUACAGUCAGACCUUUGGCAUCGAGGGCGUCAAGGAGCACGCUCAUUUCCUGCGGGAUGUGGGUGACGCGCGGGCUAUUCGGCUGCAGGUCCUGCAGGCGUUUGAAACGGCUGAUUUACCGACGACAAGUGACGAAGAGAGGAAAAAAUUGCUGCAUUUUGCUAUCGUGGGCGGUGGUCCUACGGGGAUAGAGUUUGCCGCUGAGCUGCACGACUUGAUCAAGGAUGACUUGUCGCGCAUGUAUCCCAAACUGAAGAAGCAUUGCGCCAUCACCGUCUACGACAUUGCGCCCAAGGUGCUACCCAUGUUUGACAGCAAGCUCGCCGCAUAUGCCACCGAGACGUUUAAACGGCAGGGCAUACGAGUCAAAACGGAGCAUCAUCUCACUCGCAUUCGUCGUGAGGGCCGCCACCUCAUGCUCCAGAUAAAGGAGGAGCCUGAAGAAAUUGGCGCUGGCAUCGUAGUCUGGAGCACUGGACUCAUGCAGAACCCCCUCGUCAAGACGCUCGUCGAGUCUGAAAUCGAGGGAAUCGGCAAGAUUGCAAAGGAUCCCAGAACAGGGGGCAUCGUCACCAAUUCCAACUUGCAAGUGCAGCUGCAGGGUCCCGCCGAAGAUGCAGAGACGACAACACUGAAGGAUGUGUACGCUGUUGGGGACUGUAUUUCCGUCCAGGGCGCAAAUUACCCUGCCACGGCUCAGGUGGCCAGUCAACAGGCUGUGUACCUGGGCAAACAGCUGAACAGGGGGGACGAUGAGCCGAGCAAGCCGUUCAAGUUUAAGAACUGGGGUGUCAUGACGUACUUGGGGAGCUGGAGGGCGAUUCAUCAGAGCGAUGCGGAUAAUCUGAAGGGGUGGGCGGCGUGGGUGCUUUGGCGGACGGCGUAUUUGACGAGGAGUAUGAGUGUGAGGAAUAAGAUUAUGAUUCCGGUGUAUUGGGCUAUUACUUGGAUCUUUGGGCGGGAUAUUUCUAGAUUUUAG